GUGAAAUAGCAUUUGGAAGCAGCGUGGAGAGAGCGGGAGAGCGGAUGUGCAGUCAGGGAAAGCCCAUAGGGAGCAAGCAAAGUGCUAGUGGGAGUCCACAGAGUGGGAAGCAUUAAAGCUAAGAAUUAAAACAUAAUGGAGUUGCAGACAGAGUGCACGGAUCCCAUAUCGACCCCUCCGUGCGACCCCCAGCCCACCGGGAAGAUCAACAAAGCUGCCUUCAAGCUCUUCGGAAAGCGACGGCCCGGCUCCGGAAUGGCUAGCUUCUUCUCCUUCCGGAACAAAGGGGCUACGCAAAGCAGGACCAAUGGGCAUUCUGACACUGGCAAUUCUGUGAAUGGGAAUAGUUCAAUGUCAUCAGUCGAGCUGGUGAGAAGCAAAACCCACGAUGGACUCAUGGGGUCCAGCAACGACGCUGAUGGACAGAGAGGUGAGGUACUGUCAGCUCUGGAGACGGGAACAGUGAGGUCUCUCAGUAAAUCGUUAAGUUUCUUCUCUUUUUUGCGACGCGGGAGUCUUAGGUCAAAUGAAAACGGUGCGGGACUUGUGCGAAGAGGGAGGGGAUUGAAGGGCUUUUUCAGUAGCAUCCGCUGGCGACGUAAGGAUAAAACGAUCGAGGGAGAUGGGGUCGAACCGGAACACCGGAAGGAGAAAGAUGUGGAUGUUGCAGAGGACGUCACCCUCACUCUUGAACCAACACCACAUUAUCUCCAGGAGGAUUCUGGGAAGACCGAUGCAGAAUGUAAUCUUCAAGCUGCUGAGGCUCACACUACAAGUGUUUCUCUGACACCCUCACACUGUGUGGCCAUGCCAGGCCCAUCUGGUGAGCCAGAUUCACCCUCUCCCUUCACACCCAAUGACUCCCCUUUGCACCCUGCCACCAGCAAAGCCAAAACCUCAGUGUCCAGCCUCACCACUCCUCCUCUGGAGUACUGUAGCACAGGCGACCCGCCCUCGGAACCCUCGGUGGACCGCCUUUGCUCCCUUCUCUUCAACGAUGUCACAUCCCUCAAGAGCUUUGAUUCACUCACUGGCUGCGGGGACAUUAUUGCUGACGCAGAUGAGGAGACGGCGGGAAAUGGGGGCAGCGCUACUAGUAGCAGCAGCAGUGGUGGCGGCGGUGGGGGAAUGGGGAAUGUAGUGGGAUCAGGUGUCGGCAGGCCGCUUGCCGUCACCUGCGCCGCAACUCGUGCCUCCCCAUCGAAAGUCCCGCUAUCUUCCAAGUUGGCACAACCCUUAUUCACCGCAUCUUCUGGCACGGCUUCACUUCCUGCCCAUGCCCGAGUGCCCUCCAGCCCUCAACCACCGGCAGCGGGUAGCGGAGUGGUCGCCUAUAUGGGUGGCGGAGAGGAAAUGGCCAGUCCAGAGGGAGUAGACGAUGCUGACAUGCAGGGACUUUGGCAUAUGCUACCUUCAACCAGAGAUAACUCUCCCGCUUUACCCCGAUCACAUCAACCCUCUUGCACCACUCCCACCUCCAGCUACCCGCUUCGCACCCUCAACUCCAGCUGUCACCAACCUUCAACCAAUGCAUGUUCGGAUCUUAAGAUGCAGCAGGUGAAAUCUUUGGGCCUCAGUAAAAUUCCAGUCGUUGGCAGCGCGGGAAAUCGAGCUACCAAAACUCCCUUAACUCAGGGUCGUUAUCCAGCAUCACCAGGAGAUAAAGAACCGCUCAGUGACGAAGGCUAUUGGGAUACACCAUCUGCGACACCCACAGCAACACCUGAGGAAAGUGGGCUUCGGCAUAAACACAAUAUGUCACGUGAUAGUUGCUCUGGAGACCACCUGUAUGAUCUAUACGAUGAGGACCAAAACAGUUCUUCUUCCUUGUCGACCGAAUACAAACUCAGCCCUCCUUCUUCCUCCUCCUCCUCUUCAUUCCGGUCAAUGAAAGGUAGCGCCAGUCUUCCCCGGGAAUCCAAGAUCCCAGUAAGCACCAAACAAACGACACCGCCUCAAUCUGCGAGCCAGUCAGCACUCUCAUCCGUCCUGGAGGCUGAAUCGUUGCCACCAAAGACCCAAGCUCCUCCUCCGGCUCGCACCAGAAUCCCUGUAUCCAAGGUACCCGUGCGUCGCUCAGGAACCAAACCAGGCCCCACAACCAGAGCUUCCAAGAAGUAGUUUCCCUUUAUCGUCAUGCCUCUGUGGACAUAAGAGGCUGGCCCCUCUGCGCUGUUUUGUUUUCACAGAGCCAAAGUUUUUCCUAAGCCAAGAAAAAUGUUACGCUGUGCAGUUAACAGCGCUUGAAUUCCUUUUGAUUCUUAAAAGCGCUACUUCCCAAAAGGAUAGAUUCAAAUAAUGUGGGAAAAGUCACAAGGAGACUCCAAAAAACACUGGAUUAACGUUUUCUAGAACUCACUGGAACUUCCGAGAUUGACCCUUGACAAUCUGACAACUGUGAAAAGUUCACUUUUCCAACUACCUGCAAAAACUCCGAGUUGGGGGGAUUUCAAAGCUUCAAUUCAUGAAUGCGUACUGCGAAAAUAAGCUGCUUUUCUAAAACGUUUGUGAAGUUACACAUGUAAAUCCUUUUUCUCUUGACGAUGGCUCAUCUCAUCCAUGUAAAAAUGACCUUUGAAUUACCCCAUUUUAGAGCCAAAGUGUCAUUUCAGACUGGAAUGUUGUUAGUUUUGUUUUUAAACAUGGAUUUGCACCCUGAUGAAACAUCUACAACAACAAAAAAUGUAGUUCAUAGAAAAGAAGGCUUUUAUGGUACUUGGUACCAUAGAACCCUUGUACCACUUGGUACUUGGUAAAUAUGGUACUAUUUUUCAAGCCAUACAUGGUGCAUUUGGCACACUUUAGCUCUUUGCAUGCAAAAACAAUUGAGAAUGGUUCUGCAUCACAACUUCCUUUUGAACCGACUGUGUCAGGAGACGUUCAUGCACACUAAUUCUUUUACAAAACAAUUAUUGUGUAUUAUUGGAAAUUUCAAUGCCUAUUGCAAUAGGUCAGUACAGUGGUACCUCUAUGUAGGACAUUAAUUGGUUCUGGAAGAAGUCUUGUCACCCGAAAAAUUUGUAACUAAAGACGCGCUUUACAUGUAAAUGCUGUUCGAAGCACUACUGACACGCAAACACAUUUGAAUCAUUUCAUAUAGCAAACCCAACCGUUAAUAUCUGUAAUGAAGUAGAUAACAGCAAAAAAAUAUAUCUACAGUAUAUCCUAACUUUCGAGUGAGGCAAAGUCCUCUUUCACGAGAUCGAUGGUGCCUAUCUCAUUAUUUGUGACACAAAAACGCGAGGAGACCUAUACCCUAAUGUGCUACUAAUGUCAUGAGCCAUCUGUGGGCUUAAAAAAACUUUGUGAAACAACAACACGAGGAGCCUUGUGCUCUUUUGGCGGCCGGUAUAUCAACAACACCAUUGCGCCUGUGCACGCCAUCAUUAGGGCUGCAGGUAUCACUUAUUUAGGUAAUCGAUUAAUCUAUCAAAUAGUUAGUUCGAAUAAUUGAGUAAUCGGAUUACGAACAUUUAAUGCGUUGCUUGCAAUAAUACUUAUUUUAGCUUGCUAAGAUUACACUUAAAAAAAAAAACAUUGAAUGCGAAUACAAAAUAAAAUUCCUGUUUCUUCAAACUAUGCAGAAUAUCACUUUCAUUUAAAAAGAGCAAUAAAUGCAUUUAGAAAUGAAUUAAAAUACCUGAUCUUAGCCUAAAACGAUAUUAAAAAAUAAAUAAAUGAGGUUCUAAGAACAACAAAUAACAAUUGGCUGCCUUGCAUAGCAAAGUCCGCUAGCUUAAAUGCUAUAAAAUGCUAACUUUUUUUUUUUUUUUACAAUGCUCAUAACACAUUGUUCAAACACAUAUUCCCACAAAAAAACUGCUAAAUAUACUUCUAAACUAAAUUACGAAUGCAUGAACAAAAAUAUUAGCUAUAAAAAACAUACCUUACGUUGGUCUUAACAAGGAGCAGCUGAAUUAAGCCAUGUCAGACAAGUUAUGGCAUAUUCACUUGCCACUACAGGGCAGUGUAUCCUCCCCCCAAAUCAAUAAAACUAAAUGCAACAUUCAAACAAACCAUUACAAUGUCACUUAAUAAAUGAAUACUCGAAGCAGCAAAAUUCCUGAGUUUUUCUUCAAACUAUGCAGAAUAUCACUUUCAUUUAAAAAGAGCAAUAAAUGCAUUUAAAAAUGAAUUAAAAUACCUGAGCUUAGCCUAAAACGAUAUAAAAAUAAAUAAAUAAAUGAGGUUCUAAGAACAACAAAGAACAAUUGGCUGCCUUGCAUAGCAAAGUCCGCUAGCUUAAAUGCUAUAAAAUGCUAACUUUUUUUUACAAUGCUCUUAACAAAUUGUUCAAACACAUAUUCCCACAAAAAACUGCUAAAUAUACUUUUAAACUAAAUUAUGAAUGCAUUAACAAAAAUAUUAGCUAAAAAAAAAAAAAAAACAUACCUUAGGUUGGUCUUAACAAGGAGCAGCUGAAUUAAGUUAGACAAGUUAUGGCAUAUUCACUUGCCACUACAGGGCAGUGUAUCCUCCCCCCAAAUAAUAAAACUAAAUGCAACACUUUCAAAACAAACCAUUACAAUGUCACUUAUUAAACGAAUACUCGAAGUAGCAAAAUUUGAUUCGAAGCUUUUUUUUUUUUAAUUAACGGAUUACUCGAGUUAUUUGAUUAAUCAUUGCAGCACUAGUCAUCAUACUGCGACAACCAAAUUGAAAAGUCAUCAACAGUAGGCCAAUAGGAGAGCGGAAUUCCAUUAGUAAGCAUGAUAGGGAAAUGUUAUGACCAAUAGAGCAGCAAGGUCUUAUGGCGCGACAUUUAAAAGCAGAAAGCAGGAAGUACCGGUUGCCGAAUAUCGGCACCGAUAUUUGGAAAUUUGACAUAUUGGUAAUGGCUUUUUUUCAAUCUGACUGGCCGAUAUGAAAAAAAAAAAUCUAUUUAAAACUCUUUCCUUAAAGACCCUCAAAUUGCUUCACACUAGGGCUGCAGCUAUCGAUUAUUUAGGUAAUCGAUUAAUCUAUUGAUUAGUUAGUUCUAAUAAUCGAGAAAUCGGAUUACAAAUAUUUAAUGUGUUACACAAUAAAUUUUAGGAAAUGUAAAAUAAACAAGUGUUUAUGCUUGCAAUCAUAUUUAUAUUGGCUGAGUGUUUCUUCAAACGAUGCAGAAUUGCAGUUUCAUAUCACAAGAGCAAUAAAUGCAUUUGAAAAUAAAAUACCUGAGCCUAGCCUCAAACGACAUGAAAGAAUAAAAAAAUGAGCAUCUUAGUAGAACAAAAGAACAAUUGGCUAACUUGCAAGGCAAAAGUCCACUAGCUUAGAUGCUAUAAAAUGCUAACAUUUUUUUUUUAAUUAAAAUUUUUUUUUUUUAUACAAUACUCAUAUGAAAUUGUUCAAAAUCGCACAAAAACAACUGCUAAACAUACUUCUAAAAAUAAUUAGGGCUGUCAAAAUUAUCGCGUUAACGGGCGGUAAUUAAUUUUUAAAAUCAAUCACGUUAAAAAAAAUUGACGCAAUUAACGCUCAAACAGAUUAAAAUGACAGCAGUGUCAUGUCCACUUGUGACUUGUGUUUUUUGUCUCCCUCUGCUGGCGCUUUGGUGCGACUAAUUUUAUGCACCAUGAGCAUUGUGUAAUUAUUGACAUCAACAAUGCCGAGCUACUAGUUUAUUUUUUGAUUGAAAAUUUUACAAAUUAUAUUAAAACGAAAACAUUAAGAGGGGGGUUUUAAUAUAAAAUUUCUAUAACUAGUACUAACAUUUAUCUUUUAAGAACUACCAGUCUUUCUAUCCAUGGAUCGCUUUAACAAUGUUAAUGUUAAUGCCAUCUUGUUGAUUUAUUGUUAUAAUAAACAAAACAGUACUUAUAUACAGUAUGUUAAAUGUAUAUAUCCGUCUUGUGUCUUAUUUUUCCAUUCCAACAAUAAUUUACAGAAAAAUAUGGCAUAUUUUAUAGAUGGUUUGAAUUGCGAUUAAUUACGAUUAAUUAAUUUUUAAGCUGUGAUUAACUCGAUUAAAAAUUGUAAUUGUUUGACAGCCCUAAAAGUAAUGGGUGCAUUAAAAAAACAUCAAACGAAAACUUACUUUUGUUUGUCUUAACUGGGAGCAGCUGGAUUCAGCUAUGUUAGACAAGUUAUGUCAUUCACUGUUGCCACUAGUAGGCAGUAUAGCCACCCAAAUCAAUAAAGUAAAUCCAAACACGAUAAAAACGAACCAUUACAACACCAUUCUAUUUAAACGAAUCCUCGAAGCAGCAUAAUUUUGAUUCGAAGCUUUUUUCCAAUCGAAUUACUCGAGUUAAUCAAUUAAUCAUUGCAGCACUACUUCACAUUAAAGCAGUGGCGCCUCCAGAAAUUUUUCAUGGGCGUGGCCAGAUGGGGCCCCUUAAAAUCUUGGGGUGCCCAAAACUUAAAGCCAUAAUUUCGGGUUUUCAUUAUAUUAUUGCAGUAAAAAGGUCAGGGGAAAACUAUCAGAAAGACUUAAGGACACGACUACUGAUAUACUUUGGUGUAUUGUGUAAUAUCUGAUGUUACUAAUAAUUUAAUGUGUAUAGUCCGUAACUGUCCAGUCAACAUUUUGAGUUCCACAACAAUUUUGUUUUAUUGUGUUAUGUAUAUGUUAGGCAUAAGGUGUACAUUUAACUAGGGCUGUCAAACGAUUAAAAUUUUUAAUCGAGUUAAUCACAGCUUAAAAAUUAAUUAAUCGCAAUUCAAACCAUCUCUAAAAUAUGCCAUAUUUUUCUGUAAAUUAUCGUUGGAAUGGAAAGAUAAGACAAGACGGAUAUAUACAUUCAACAUACUGUGUUUGUUUAUUAUAACAAUAAAUCCACAAGAUGCCAUUAAAUUUAUUAACAUUCUUUCUGUGAAAGGGAUCCACGGAUAGAAAGACUUGUAAUUCUUAAAGGAUAAAUGUGAGUUUGUAUAUUGUGACUAAAUAUUGCCAUCUAGUGUAUUUGUUGAGCUUUCAGUGACUGAUACUGUAGCGACUUAACUGUUCUGCCCAAAUGCAUGAUGGGAAGUGGUGCAACCAUGACUGUGUGUGGUAGCUGCAAAUGCUAUAUCUUCUCUGCGUUGGGUACACUACAGGGUGUUAAGAAAAAGAUCAACUCCUGUCAUUCUUCCCCACGUCGCUUCCCACAAUAUUUAUAGUUGCUGUGGGAGAGAUGACAAAGCUUUUGCCAAUUAAAAGCACGGCCCCAAUGAAUGCUUUUAUCUACUCCACUCACUUGACACUGCCUCUUAUCUCUGUAUAGAAGUAAAAUGAAGCCAUUGUAGGCUGUUUGCGGCAAUGCGUGAAUGAGUCGUACAGCGAAUGCGUUUAUUGCGAUAAAUAUUUUCACUUGAUUAAUUUAAAAAAAUUAACGCGAUAAAUUUGACAGCCCGACAUUUAACAAAACAAAAUAAAUGCAUUCAUUUGGGAUGAAAUGCAUAACUGAUGCUACAGCAAUCUAACGAUAUACUGGAAAGCGGGGUGGCUAGUGGGGUGGCCAACCAAUUUAUAGCCCCCCUGGUGGCGCCACUGCAUUAAAGUAUAUCCUCCUCUACCUAUUGGUGACGCAGCACCAUGAGUGACGUUGGGUUUAGUAUCUUGCUCAAGGAUGCUCAGACGAGGUCAUCAGCAGUGUUGUUAAUCUUACUGAAAAAAAGUAAUUAAUUAUAGUUACAAAUUACUUCUCCCAAAAAGUAAUUGCGUUAGUAACUCAAUUACCUGAAUGUAAGAGUAAUUAGUUACUUGGCAAAGUAAUUGGUGAUAAUUACUUCUUUUUUUUUUCCCUAAAAAAAAAAAAAAAAAAAAAAAAAAAAAAAACAUUGGCCACACGAUGGGAAGUUUUUUUGUGAAGGUUUUUGGUACAAUUGGCCCGAGCCCAAUUCUUUACCUUAAUUUACCCUUUACCCUGAAUCAACUGUUAAAAGUUGUUAAAAUUGCUCCCAUUAUUGCAUUAGUUCCCUUCUCUCUACUUUCGACAUAUGAAAGUUUUAAAACUGUUUCAUCAUUUAAAGAUAGAUUCAAGUCAAGAUUUUGCCGAUUUAGAAGUAUUUUAGAUUAAAAGUUCCUUAGGUUCGCUAGGAAGGUUCUCUACAACAGAGCCGUCCUAAAAAGUCUACUGCUUUAAGAUGGCGGCUGUCUACUAACUCAUUUAGUGCCAUGUCUGUCAUUUUGCAUCUAGUUAUAUCUAUGUACAGUACAUGUGAUAUCUACCAUGUCUAACAUAUCUACCAUAACAUGCAGGCGUAGUUGGUAGGCUAUCGGCUACAACAUGUAUUAUUGGAGCUACCUAGCAUCGCGUUUGCUCGCCGUCACAACUUUCUUGCCUCCUCCCUACUCCUGCUCUGCUCUGUCGUCUCGGCGAGUCCGUCUCCCUCAGACUUUUCGACCAACAAAGUAACGCAUAGUAACGCAUGCCUUUCCGUCCUCAGUAACGGUAACGGCGUUGCCAAGAUGAGAAAAGUAAUGAAUUAGAUUACCCACUACUGAAAAAAAUAACGCCGUUAGUAACCUCGUUAUAUUGUAACGCCGUUAUUAACAACACUGGUCAUCAGGGCUUUCUUUUCUGUGGAAAAAAUUCGGAAAGCUAUUUAUUUGAGCUUUAAUUCAACUUUACAAGAGAUAUUUCUGAAUCUAGAAAAUUCAGGCACUUUUGCAGCUAAUAUUUUCUAAUUGUGUGAAUAAACAUGCUUUCGGCAUUUCAAUUAAGUUCAGUGCUUGCAUGAUUCAAAAUUUUUACGCCAAUUUUUACUGCAUAUGAAUAUCGGCUCCAAAAAUCGGUUAUCAGCCCCUCUAUCUACUAAUAAUCGGUAUCGGUCCUGAAAAAAACUAUAUCAGUCGAUCGCCAACUACUACUACUGCACCUUAUAAUGCGGUGCACCCUAUAAAUGAAAACAGUUUUAAAAUAAGCCAUUCAUUGAAGGUGCGCCUUAUAGUGCGAAAAAAUAUAGUAACUGAAAGAGGGGAGGGGUAUGUUGUCGCCAUGUUGCAUAUGUCGUCAGCCAAUCAAAAUGUUCGUUUGAGGAAAAAAAUGGACUGGCACAUUAAGCAAGUGAAAUGAUCGAUCUCUAGUACGUACGUAUCUUUUACAGUAUUGUUUAGUAUUUUUGUCUCUUGUAACCUAAAUUUCUUUCUUAACAAGAGGCAAUAUUUUCACGUUUAAAACGUGUCGUAACCUGAAAACAAAGUUCGUUGACACGUUCGUAAGUAGAGGCACCACUGUACUGAAAUCAAACUAUUAGUAUAUUAACACAGGUAUUGCUCUUCACUCUGCACACUGCAUUCUGAACUACACGUGCAAAGCACAAAGGUCAGGGAAUAUGCACGCACAAACAUUAAAAAUCUGUACUCGCAGCUCCACUGGAUGGCUUUCCCCACGUGCAAAAACAGCAUUUGUGUAUGUGUUUGUAUCCUUUUUAACAGUUUUUAUAUCUUAACUCGUACCGUGCGGAUUCAAACUGUGACAGCAAAUUUCUAAUGUACAUGUUUUCUUACUAGUAGAGACUGUUUUGAAUGGUUUAAAAAAGGGGCUUUCUUCCAAAAAACGCCUGCCUCUGCUUUUUUAAAAUAGGCGGUGACCCCAAAAUGCAACAAAAAAAUUCCAUCAGGGUUUUGAAUUGAGAUUUACGUACCUAUUCGGAUAUAACUAAAAGCCAUUGUGUAUUGCUGAAAAUGUAAACACUUUAGGAAAUCAAGGUGAGCGUGGAAACUGAAUGUAGCUUGGCAUUUUUUGUAGAUUAAUGAUUUGUAUAUAUUUUUAGUAGCAAGACAAAUGACUGUGCAGUUUUUUUUCUUAUUCUUCCCUGUAAUAUAAGCAGAUCAGGAUUGUUCUAAACAUGACGAGCCCCCAAAUAUAAUUCAAUAGUGACGUAGUGCAACAUGGAGCAUUUUUUUCUCUCUCAACCCUCGGUUAAGCAGAGGGACUUUUUAUGCAAAGCCAUUUAGGAAUGUGCACAUUUCCUUGUCUAUGAACUUGGUCGUGAUUACCCUCCCAUCACAAGUAAGAUUAUUGAUUAUCAAGCUCUGAGGUCA